GAUUAAAAAAAAUUGAAUAGCAAAAUAAUUCAAUAGAAAUGGAUUACGCUGUUUCCUCUCUACAAUGCUUCUUCUUUAUUUUAUGUCUAUCUCUUUUGGUUUGCUCUAACUCUGAAAUUAGUUCCAAGUCAAACAAGAAACCUAUAUUGAUAAACUUUGGCGACUCUAACUCCAACACUGGAGGAGUUCUUGCUGGCGUAGGACUUCCUAUCGGACUCCCUCAUGGCAUUACCUUCUUCCAUAGAGGCACUGGUCGUCUUGGAGACGGUCGACUCAUCCUUGACUUUUUUUGUGAACAUUUAAAGAUGACAUAUUUGAGUCCAUAUUUGGAUUCAUUGUCACCAAAUUUCAAAAGAGGAGUCAAUUUCGCAGUCUCGGGAGCCACCGCUCUUCCAGUCUUUUCCUUCCCUCUUGCCAUUCAAACCCGCCAAUUCGUCCAUUUCAAAAACCGUUCUCAAGAACUUAUCUCUUCCGGGAGAAGAGAUCUUAUUGAUGAUAAUGGAUUUAAAAACGCAUUGUACAUGAUCGAUAUUGGACAGAAUGAUCUUUUACUUGCUCUAUACGAUUCGAAUUUAACAUAUUCACCCGUUGUCGAAAAAAUUCCUUCCAUGCUUCUCGAGAUAAAGAAAGCCAUACAGACGGUAUAUUUAUACGGAGGGAGAAAGUUUUGGGUACACAACACAGGCCCAUUGGGCUGUGCACCAAAAGAAUUGGCCAUUCACCCACAUAACGAAUCGGAUCUUGACCCGAUUGGUUGUUUCCGGGUUCACAACGAAGUCGCAAAAGCAUUCAACAAAGGACUCUUUAGUCUCUGCAACGAACUGAGAUCGCAGCUCAAAGACGCUACUCUCGUCUACGUUGAUAUUUACUCCAUCAAAUACAAACUCUCCGCCGAUUUCAAACGAUACGGAUUUGUGGAUCCGUUAAUGGCUUGUUGUGGUUAUGGAGGAAGGCCUAACAACUACGAUCGAAAAGCAACGUGUGGUCAACCCGGUUCAACUAUUUGUCGUGAUGUAACCAAAGCAAUUGUAUGGGAUGGGGUUCACUAUACCGAAGCUGCUAACCGGUUUGUCGUUGAUGCGGUUUUGACGAAUCGGUAUUCUUACCCAAAAAUUUCCCUUGACCGGUUUUGGUAGAUCUAAAACAAAUUAAUCUAUUGAACCGGUUUGGUUAAUAAAGUUUGUUUUUCAAU